AUGUGGGAGCAGGCCGAGGAGCGUCAGCAGCUUUUAGAGCUACAGGACACACCUGUGGUCCUCCACCUGGGGUCCUCCAUCUCUGGUCCUCCACCUGUGGUCCUCCACCUGGGGUCCAUCACCUGGGGUCCAUCACCUGGGGUCCAUCACCUGUGGUCCUCCACCUGUGGACCAUUACCUGUGGUCCAUCACCUGGGGUCCAUCACCUGGGGUCCUCCACCUGGGGUCCAUCACCUGGGGUCCAUCACCUCUGGUCCUCCACUUGUGGUCCAUCACCUGUGGUCCUCCACCUUUGGUCCUCCACCUGGGUCCAUCACCUGGGGUCCAUCACCUGUGGACCAUUACCUGUGGUCCAUCACCUGGGGUCCUUCACCUGGGGUCCUCCACCUGUGGUCCUCCACCUGGGAUCCUCCACCUAGGAUCCUCCACCUGUGGUCCAUCACCUGUGGUCCUCCACCUGGGAUCCUCCACCUGUGGUCCAUCACCUGUGGUCCUCCACCUGGGGUCCAUCACCUGUGGUCCUCCACCUGGGAUCCUCCACCUGUGGUCCAUCACCUGUGGUCCUCCACCUGUGGACCAUUACCUGUGGUCCUCCACCUGGGGUCCAUCACCUGGGGUCCAUCACCUGUGGUCCUCCACCUGGGUCCAUCACCUGGGGUCCAUCACCUGUGGUCCAUCACCUGUGGUCCUCCACCUGGGGUCCUCCAUCUCUGGUCCUCCACCUGUGGUCCUCCACCUGGGGUCCAUCACCUGGGGUCCAUCACCUGGGGUCCAUCACCUGUGGUCCUCCACCUGUGGACCAUUACCUGUGGUCCAUCACCUGGGGUCAAUCACCUGGGGUCCAUCACCUGGGGUCCAUCACCUCUGGUCCUCCACUUGUGGUCCAUCACCUGUGGUCCUCCACCUUUGGUCCUCCACCUGGGUCCAUCACCUGGGGUCCAUCACCUGUGGACCAUUACCUGUGGUCCAUCACCUGGGGUCCUUCACCUGGGGUCCUCCACCUGUGGUCCUCCACCUGGGAUCCUCCACCUAGGAUCCUCCACCUGUGGUCCAUCACCUGUGGUCCUCCACCUGGGAUCCUCCACCUGUGGUCCAUCACCUGUGGUCCUCCACCUGGGGUCCAUCACCUGGGGUCCUCCACCUGUGGUCCUCCACCUGUGGUCCUCCACCUGGGAUCCUCCACCUGUGGUCCAUCACCUGGGGUCCUCCACCUGGGGUCCAUCACCUGGGGUCCUCCACCUGGGGUCCUCCACCUGUGGUCCUCCACUUGUGGUCCAUCACCUGUGGUCCUCCACCUGGGGUCCUCCACCUAGGAUCCUCCAGCUGAUUGGACACUACAGCUGAUUGGACGCUGCAGCUGAUUGGACGCUGCAGCUGAUUGGACGCAGCAGCUGAUUGGACGCAGCUGAUUGGACGCAGCAGCUGAUUGGACGCACCUCAGUUUUCGUUGACGACAGUAACGCAGCUCUACCUGUCUGUCUCCUCUGCAGGUCAUCAUGGACACCAUCAGGACUCGU